CGCAGAUUAGGGUUGGAGCUAGUCAUUGUGUGUCGCACUGAACGCGGUUGAUUCGGAAGCUAUAUUUAUUGUUACUGUAUAUAUAUUUAUUAUUGUUUUAAAAUAUGCUAAUUAUUGUGGAGAUCGCGUAGCUUAGCAGAACAGGGUAGAGGUGAAAAAGAAGAGGCUGCUUCUCGAUACAAUACAACAGUGCUCUUCCUUUCAUUUCAUCAAUCAACUCUCUUUCUCUCUUCUCUCUCUCCUCUCUCUCCUCUUCUAUUUCUCUCUGUUUGCGUCUUUUAUGCGGAUUUGUCUCUGGAUUCUGCUAAUUGAAAAGGAAUUUAUUUCACUCUGGCCGCUAUAACAAACUCGAACGAUUCUCGCACCUCUAAGAGGGUGUGGGGCGAUGAAGGAGUGAUUUGGCUUUGCAUUUCACGUAGGACAAAGGCAUCAGAUGUAUGGAGAUUGUGCCGUGUUUCAGUGGGCGUGUCUGUUGAUUAUGGCUAAGAGUGGCUUUUGCUUUUGAUGUGUUACCAGGACCCCUUUCAAGUUUUCCACAAUAUAGCAGCAAAUUUAGGGUCUUUGGUUAGGCUUCUGGAAAAUUGAUAAGAAGUGUAGAUUAUCAUUGAUUUUUAUGUUUAGAUGUAGCUCUCAACAUCAUUGCAGCAAUGUUUAAAUUUUCAUGUUUUCAUGUUAAUGUUCAAGGCAACAAGGCAAAGAAAAUAGCUCAACCUUCUACUGAAGCAAUGGCAAAAGCAUCCCAAGAUAGUUUCAAAAAUCCAGUCAGUAAAGAUUUGUCUAACCCUACGAGUUUAAGUUCGUCGUUGUCAAAACAACAAUCACAUAAGCUAAUGAAUGUCUCCGAGAAUGACGUUCUCAACCAGGAUUCAGUUGAGCGUGUUGGUAGUUUCGAGGAUCUGAAUAGUAAGUUUUUCAUUGAAUUUGACAGAAAAGCCAGUCAAGCUGGCCGAAUUAAGAAAAGUCAGUCCUUGGAAAGCGGGCUUUACCAAGCUGAGGGCGAUCAUUGUAAAACGAAUUCAAACGCAGAGUUUCAAGUCAUUCCUGGUCUUGGAAAUGAUUGCUCACUUUUUUCAAUAGGAGAUCCAACACCUUCGGAUAAAGAUGCUCGAGAAAAUUCCGAUAGUCCAUUAUCCGGUGAUCUUGCUUGUGACUCUGCUGAACAGACGUCUGGUCCUAGUACACCAUCAUUGAUGAAGUCACGUUCUUUGCCCAAUAUGAAAGCUUCUAUGCUUUCUUCUGGAAAUAAUCAUGCUCUAAAAUAUGCAUCUUCAAUAUCAAGAUCUUCUGAUGAUCUUUAUGCUUUAGGCUUGAGGAAGAAAGAGGUGUCCAUUGAUGAGUCUUAUGAUCAAAUAAGGGAAUCUCAAGAAAGAGAAAGCGGCAUGGAAAAGCUCGAAGAUAGUUGUUUGGACAGAUACUCUGACGAUGGUUUGACAGAAGACUGGAUAAUGCCGAUUACAGACGAAAUAAGUGAUGACAAAACCCCUCAAGGAGAUUCCUCAGUUGAUUGCUUGAGUGAAUUUCCCUCGACAGAUUUUAAGGUUAAGCGCAUUGAGGAUUGGGUAACCGGUCUACAGCAUUGUGCACCGCCUCUAGAGGAUAUCAAUGAAUUGCCUGAAUCUGUUGAACCUGUUGUUGAUGUUAACACCAUAAAUAGCGUCACGGCUUCGGUUGUGGAUCAUAAGAUCACUCCAGGAAUGGAAGCCGCUAAAAGAUAUAUAUCUUCUUUGACUGCCAAUGCCACCACGGCUCAGCUGGCAAAUCACGGGUUGGUUGUGAUCCCCUUUUUGAGUGCAUUUGUGAGUUUGAAGGUUCUCAAUUUAUCUGGAAACGCGAUUGUUAGAAUAACUGCUGGUUCCCUUCCUCGAGGACUUCACACAUUAAAUUUGUCAAAAAACAAUAUCGCCACUAUAGAGGGACUACGUGAACUUACACGGCUUCGUGUCCUAGACCUCAGCUACAACCGUAUACUAAGAAUCGGACACGGCCUGGCAUCCUGUUCUUCUCUAAAGGAGCUGUAUCUUGCUGGAAAUAAAAUCGGCGAAGUAGAAGGUCUGCACCGUCUGUUGAAACUAAGUAUCCUCGAUCUCCGAUUUAACAAGAUUUCAACUGCCAAAUGUCUCGGCCAACUUGCAGCCAACUAUAAUUCUUUGCUAGCUAUCAACUUGGAAGGGAACCCUUGCCAGAAAAAUGUUGGUGACGAACAACUGAAGAAACAUCUGCAAGGCCUUCUUCCCCACCUUGUCUACUACAAUCGACAAACUAUCAAAGCCAAUGGUUUGAAGGACGGUGCAGAUCGCGCAGUUCGAUUAGGAAUGAAUUCCCAACAGUUUGAUCGCAGUCUUAGAGUGGAUCGCAAGUCUACAAGGAAGGGGAACCAUGGUUCUGUAGCUGCUCGGAGGCCAUCAUCCGCGUCCUCUUCCACUCACAGAGGGCAAACAACGGACUCUUCGAAACUGUCCAAAGGAAAGCAAGGCCACCUCCCACCAAUCAGAACCAAAACAUCAACCCAAAGUCGCCAUCCUUUUGAUUCUCCCGGCCAAGCAUCAAUCCAAAGUAACAAUCACUUCAUGCGCAAGAGUCGCAGCGAGGGAACUCUUGGAGUUUUGUAAGGAGCUAUUGCAUUGCAAAUUGAUUCGUUCGCUGAACGUAUUUCAGUAUGCAUCUAUUUACAUUGGUUAUUCGUACUCAUGUCAUGUUUUGUUUGCAAGACUUUUUGUCACCCCCAUCAUGUUUCAUUUAAUUUACCGCACUAGAUUUUUAAUACAUUGGAUUUUGGUUUGUACUUGUUUGCCCAAUAAGAGGCUUUAUGCUUCUGAACUUUCUAUUUCAUUAUUGUUCUGUUUUAAUUAAGAUGUUCAAAACAUCAUUGUCAAUUUGUUGUGCUUGUUUG